AUGUCCGCCGCAGUGGCGGUGGCUCUCCGCGUAUCGCCCGCCAUUCCUGGCCCGACUCGCCACGUGAUCGCGGCGAGGGUUGCAUCCCCGCUAUUGCGUCGCUCGUUUGCCACCCUGUCGCCAUUGGCGCGUGCGUCGUCACAGUCGUGGGACGCGCUGAGCCAACCCACAGGCGAGUGGCAGGGCACGCUGAGGGCGCCAGUAACGGUGUCAGGCGUGGGGCUGCAUCUGGGCCGUCCCACCACCGUCACUCUGCUGCCCGCCCCUGCUGCCUCGGGACGGGUGUUCCACAUGAUGCCACUACUGGACGGAUCAGCAGCGGAGUGGGUGCGACACAUCAUGGCGACCGGCAUCCACCCCGCCACCCUGCACCACACCCACAGCACCACAAACGAUGCUGCUAGUGGUGCGGCCAGUGGUGCUGUGACUGUGGAGAGGAGAAGGUGGAACCUGCCUGGAAACCGGCCAAUCACGGUGCAGCAUGGGGAUUCCUUCAUCGCUGCAUUCCCCCGGGCUUCUCCGCUUCUCACCUACGGCAUUGAUUUUCCACACGUGCCUGCCAUCGGGCGGCAGUGGGUGUCGUGGGAGCCGGGCCAACACCGGGGCGCACGAGAGAAACAAGUUGGGGCAGCAGAACGGCCAGCGGGGGCAGCAACGCAAGGGGAGCGUGGGGAGCAUGAGGAGCAUGGGGAGCAGGGUCAGGAGUGUGGCGACUAUGUGUCAGGCAUUGCGCCUGCGCGCACCUUCUGCAUCCUUGAACAGGUGGAGCAGAUGCGAGCAGCGGGGCUCAUCAAGGGCGGCUCACUCCACAAUGCCCUCGUGUGCAGCCAAACGCGAGGGUGGGUGAACCCCCCGCUACGGCUACCUCUGGAGCCAUGUCGGCACAAGCUGCUGGACCUCAUAGGGGAUCUGGCGCUCUGUGCCAGGGGGGGCAACGCCGGCAUUCCCAACGCGCACAUAGUGGCCUAUAAAGCGAGCCAUGCUCUGCAUGUGGUGUUUGGUAAGACACUUAUGGGCGCGCUGGAGGCAGAGGCGAAGGGGCAUGGAGAGGCUGGGUAG